AAGCUUCUCCUACUUGCCUGGACGCUGAUUCCUUUGCUCAUCCCCAGCUCUACGUGGUGGGCUCUCCCCUCAUGGAGGAGGACAUGUACCUGGACCUCUUCCUGGAUCCUUAUACCAUCCAGGAUGACUUUCCUCCAGCUAUGUCUCAACUGUUCAGCCCAGGAGCACCUUUAGACAUGCACCCACUUAAUCAAUCCAAUCCAGAGACUGUGUUCCAUUCACAUCUUGGUGGAGUAAAAAAUGCAUCCACUGUCUUUUCAUCUGUGGAUCUAAGCUUCUUACCAGAUGAACUUACCCAAGAAAGUAAAGAGCGAACUGUCAUUGGAAACAAGCUGGCAAGUGAGGAGAGCUGUAGGACUCAAGAUCAGAAAAGUCAGUUGCAGUUGCCUGAUGAACAGGGCAGUGGGCUGAACUUGAGUAGCAACAGUUCAUCAGAUACCCAGUCAUGUCUGUGCUCCAUUGAUGCUGACUCCAUCCAGCCCUCUCCAGAAACACCAAACUCCAGUGCCUUACCUGUGGCAUUGAUAUCGUCCAUGACACCAAUGAACCCUGUUCCAGAAUGUUCUGGAAUUGUGCCUCAAUUACAGAAUGUAGUUUCCACUGCAAAUCUGGCCUGUAAAUUGGAUCUGAGAAAAAUAGCUCUGAAUGCCAAAAACACAGAAUAUAACCCAAAGAGGUUUGCUGCAGUCAUAAUGAGGAUCCGAGAACCAAGGACAACAGCCCUCAUAUUUAGCUCUGGGAAAGUGGUCUGUACAGGAGCCAAAAGUGAAGAGGAGUCUCGGCUGGCAGCGAGAAAGUUUGCUCGCGUGGUGCAGAAGCUCGGGUUCCCCGUCAGAUUCUUCAAUUUUAAAAUUCAGAACAUGGUUGGAAGCUGUGAUGUGAAGUUUCCCAUCAAGCUGGAGAUUUUGGCACUAACACAUCGGCAGUUCAGUAGCAGUUAUGAACCUGAACUUUUCCCUGGCCUUAUUUAUAAGAUGGUAAAACCACAGGUUGUGUUGCUCAUCUUUGCAUCUGGAAAAGUUGUGUUAACAGGUGCCAAAGAGCGUUCUGAGAUCUAUGAAGCGUUUGAAAACAUGUAUCCUAUUCUAGAAAGUUUUAAGAAAGUCUGAGUGCAUAAUCGGGCUUCUAGCAAUGAUUUGGAUAUGUGACUAAGCACAGCAGAGAGUGAGCUGAUUUCUUCUACACAUGGUUCCAGAAGCUUCCCAUGUUUUCUAGCAGCCAUGGGCCUCUGUUAGUAUGCUAAUUGAUUAUGGUUUUUUUUUGUUUGAUGUUUUCCUUGUUUUGGAAACAGGGUCUGCUAUGUAGCCUAAAGUGUAGUUUGAUUUAUUACAGAAUGAUUCUGUGUGAAUAGCCAUGAUUAAGAAAUGAAAAUUUCUUGCUCAAAAUGAGUAUUAUAUGUUAUUUAAUUAUAAAAAUAAGAACAAGUAAACUUAUUUCAGAAUUUGAAAUAUGUCAGGCUUUGCUAGACAGGGACAUUAAGACCAUGCUUUAUUUUUUAAAUAUGUAACAUAUUAGUACAUAGAAAUUUCAAGUGACUGCAUAUCUUGAUAUUAUCUGUAAUAGAACAGCUAUCAAUAAAAAGUCAUGUUUAAAUUUUUUUCAUUUCAAGUAUAGAAAAGACAGAAUCCAGACCUUUUGGUAAUUGGAUACUGUGAAAAUCACCAGGGGAGAACCAAUGAAAUAUGCCAAAUAUUAAAAUCCUUUGUUUGAAAUGAAACUCCUCUCCAGCAGCCACCA